AUGGACAUGCGAAGGAGCAUCAACCUCUUCGCCGCCACCCGCGACAACUUCGGCCUGGCCAUCAACACGAAGAAAACGGCGGUCAUGCAUCAACCGCCAUCCGAAGCUGCCUACGUCGCACCCCAACUCAACGUGAACGGAGCCCAAGUGCAAGUGGUGGACAACUCCACAUAUCCGGCCAGCACCCUUUCCUGCAGCACCAAAAUUGACGACAAAGUGGCAGGCUGGAUUUCCAAGGCCAGUCAGGCCUUUGGUCGUCUUCCAAACAGUUUGGAAUCGUCAUGGUCUUCAGUCCAGCACGAAAGUGAAGAUGUAUAA